UAACGUCAUAAUUGAAUGGCGGGGACGAGAGAAAACGUCAUUUUGACAGAAUGGCAGAAAGUCUGGAAAGUUAGUUACGAUUUCUUUUAAGUAUUUGUUUCAGUGUUUAUUUUAUAAAAAUGGAACAUUGUGUAUUCGGUAAAUCGUAAAAAUAGAGAAUACCGAAUAGUGUCACGAAUAGUUUUCAUUAAAGUUAAUGGAAAAAAGUGAAUUUCAUUGAAAAGAAGUACAUUAUAAAAUUUCGGUCCAUCGUUACAGUGAACGCUUGCGGAAAUUGUACGUGUCGUGCUUGCAGAUGCUUCGUUAGUUUUGCAUAGGGUUUCUGACCGUAAUACGGUACGAAUGUGAUGGAGGAUUACAAAUUUCUCUUUAAAGUUGUGCUCGUAGGAAAUGCGGGUGUCGGCAAGACUUGCCUCGUGCGCAGAUUUACCCAGGGAUUAUUUCCCCCAGGUCAGGGUGCAACAAUAGGUGUUGAUUUUAUGAUUAAGACUGUAGAAGUAGAAAAUGAGAAAGUUAAGCUUCAAAUCUGGGAUACUGCCGGUCAAGAAAGGUUUCGUUCAAUAACACAAAGUUAUUAUAGGUCAGCUCAUGCUUUGAUCUUGGUUUAUGAUAUUUCCUGUCAACCUACAUUUGAUUGUUUACCAGAUUGGUUAAGAGAAAUUGAAGAAUAUGCAAGUAAUAAAGUUCUUAGGAUAUUAGUAGGUAAUAAAAUUGAUCGAGAAGACAGAGAAAUACCAACACAUGUAGGAGAAGAUUUUGCACAAAGACAUGGGAUGUACUUUUUAGAAACUUCUGCUAAAGAAGCAGAGAAUGUAGAACGGCUAUUCAUGGAAAUAGCAGCUGAACUUAUGGAGCAAGCACGCAGUAAAGAACUACCUAGAUAUGAAACAAAUGCAACUUCUAUAAAUGGAAAAACAACAUCAAUUGGUGAUACAAGUAACUGUGGUUGUAGUCGACUUUCUUAACUAGCUUUUAUAUCUAUUAUUAAGUCAUUCAGAAAAUGCAUAAUUUCAGUUACUAAAUAUGUAUGUAGAACACUAUCAUAUAAUUUUUAUAGAGUACAGGGAUUGAAUGCAAUAUUAGUCAAUCUUCUGCCACUAAAUAAAAAGAAUUCUAAUAUUAGAACAUCUUUGAUAUUAUAUGUUAGCAUCUAGUGUUAUAUCAUGCAGAUUAUAUUGACAAUUUUGUUGCAAAAUAUAUAUAAUAUUUAAGAUUAAAACGAAGUUUAAGUAUGUUGAUAAAUAUUUGUUUUCAUAUGUGUUCUUAUAGAUAUUAACUAAAGUCUUUUUGUUAUAAUUUCAUGAUUGCAUUAUUUGAAUAAUAAAUAAGUUGGACGCCUGUUUUUUGACAUUUAAUGUUGUGCCCAUAAAUGGAAGUUUAUUAUAUGUUCUAUAAUAUUCUUAUUAUGUCAGAAAGUACAAAUAAGUAUUUCAUAUUUGGUGACUGAAUAUGAAGUCAUUACAAAUAUAAGAUUUCUAUUAAAAAAUGUAAGCCUAAUAUCGUCCAAGAUUUUUCCAAAUCCGCAGUAUACACAAAAAUGUUUGCUGCUUUAAAAGUCAAGUAAAACUUAAAAUGAAAGCAAAGUUCCGUAUAUGUACGAUUUAUUAUAAAUAGUAAAAAUUAUUAUGAAUAAUUUUUUACUUGAUCAUUGCUUAUUAUAAUAAGUGUGGCUAAGAUUAUGUUAGCAGCAUUUACACAGCCAAAGUUUUGUUGUAUCCUUUAAGAUUUUAUUUAUAAUUCUGGCGGAUAAUUAAUGCUUGUUCCGUCUAUGCAUUGUUCGACGUUGUAUUUUAUAGAUUUUUAUUAGUAUUUAUGUUUAUAAAUAAGACAUUUGUUGUUCGUACUAUUAUAUCAAUAACACAAUUUUUUAGCACAUCACUCUAGUCUUUAUACCUUUUUAUAUUUUAAAUACAAAAAAUGAAUAAUAACUUAUACCAUCUCAUGUUUUUUGUGAUUACAUUAUUACAUAAUGGGUCACCUCCACUUUUUACAAGUUUUCAUUAAAAAAGUUAAAUAUAUGUACAUUAUGUAUCUAUUUUUUAUAUUUCACACAAUUUAAAAGUUGAAUACUUAUAAAAUAAAAUCAUGUAUGGAUAUUCUUCACGAAUAUAUUUGAAAUUGUUUAUCUGUAUUUGUAUUGACAGCUGUACAUCAUAUAGUUUGUAUUAAUAUUAGAUUACAAUGCGUAGGGAAAUAAUAAAACAUUUCAUGUAAUUUUUCAUUAUUAUAAAAGGUUUUAUUUAGUGUAUUUAACUUAUUUCAAAUAUAUAACGACAUUGUAUAUUGUAUUACUUAAAGUUGUUGUGAUUUUUAUAUAAUUAUGUUGUUUUAACAGCAUAAAGUUUGUAAGUAGAUUUUCAAAUUACUGUCUACUCGCAACCACUGUGCAAUAAUAUUUAUAGUUUUAAAUAAUAUAAAACAUGCAUAAAAAUUUAUAAUAAAAUUAUACUGAUAAAAACAUAUCAGUUUGUGUACAGAUAAAAGAUAAUUAUAAGAAGCCUGAUUUUUAAUUUGAUUAAACAAAACUCGACAAGAAGAUGUCUUAUAACAAAAAUAUUAAAUCCGUGUAUUGUUUGAAACGUAGUCUAAAAUAUAGAGAUAAUAUAUAUUGUAUGUUAUACAAACCGAUCUAACAAACAAACCGUACUAUAACAAAUGACAAACGAUUUUGUUUCGUUUUAUAACAUUUUUUAUUUAUAAAACUUUAUUUUAUACAAAAUGUGUUCACAUUUUAUAUCUAAUAUAUACAUAAUGUAAAUUAAAAUAUAUUGCAAUUGAGUAUCAGAAUGAAUUAUGUUAUAGAAAGUAUACUUCAUAUUAUUCUUAAUUGGCAAGAUUUGCAACAUUCUCCUGCCAUAUAAAUUUGUUGUAAAAGUUUUAAAACUUCACUUAAUAAUGUUCUACAUAAAUAAAUAAAUCAGAAAUAUGUGUACAUUCA